AUGCCGGUUAGCAUGAAGACGUUAAUCAGCAUUUAUGCACUGAUCUUGGGGGGCAUGUGUAUACCCUGGAAUGUCGUUUAUAACCCCAUGCGCAUCUGUGCCCUGGAAGGAUCAUCUGUUACAAUGUCCUGCUCCUACACCUACCCCAGUUCUCUUACAGUCAAAGAGGCUUUCUGGACACACCAAGACUCUAGUGACCCUACCGAUAUCUCCAAGAACGAGAGACUGAAGAUUGUUUCUUCAAAAAGAGGUGGGGAAGUGGAUGCGGGGGACAACAUCACUCUCACCUGCAGCACCACCUGCAAUCUACCCGACAGCCCUUCAUUCAUCUGGAGUAAAGAUGGACGUCCCGUAGAAGAGAAGCAGAUCAUCUACAACCAGCUGCAGCUCCACCCAGUCAGUUAUAAAGAUGAGGGCAACUACACCUGUGCUGUUAAAGGACAUGAAGGUUUUCCAUCUCUGCCAAUGAAGAUACAAGUCAUGUGUCCAGUGGUUGUUUCUUCUGACACGGAACAUGUAAAGGAGGGUGAUCAUGUGACUCUCACCUGCAGCACCACCUGUAAUCUAACCGACAGCCCUUCAUUCAUCUGGAGUAAAGAUGGACGUCCUGUAGAGAAGAAGCAGAUCAUCAACAACCAGCUGCAGCUCCACCCAGUCAGUUAUGAAGAUGAGGGCAACUACACCUGUGUAGUCAGAGGACAUGAGGGUCUCCCAUCUCCACCUUACAGACUCCAUGUCAUGUCCAAGGAAAGGAGUCUUUUCAUAGCAGCUCUUGUUGGAGUGGCAGUCUGUGGAGUUGUUGGUCUCGUGUGUGUGCUCUACUGGCUGAGGAUCAGGAUGAUAAGCGGAGCUGAUGCUCCUCCAACUGCCGAGGCAGCAGCAAGAACAGAGGAUGACGUUCAGUAUGACAGUGUCCAGCCCAAGCACCACGGACAGACUGCAGGAGGUCAAGGGGAUGAUGCCCAGAACCGAAGAGUCCAGCUCGAGGACAACAGACAGACUGCAGGAGGUCAAGGGGAUGAUGCCCAGAACCGAAGAGACCAGCCCGAGGACAAAAGACAGACUGCAGGAGGUCCAGAAGACGAUGUCCUGUACACCAGUGUCUACUUCAAGACAGAUGGUGCACAAAAAAGAUCGCUUGGUCCACCAGAGGGGGAGCCGUCUGUGAUCUACAGCAGUCUAAAGAAGAGCAUGUGAAGCAAUAUGACAUCAUCCAUGAGCAAACAAAGUGAAGGUGAUGCCAUCAUAUAUUUAGUUCAUGGAGUGUGAAGAGUUUGGUUACAUUAUUAAUAUACUUCAAUGCAACACACCUAUAAUAUUUGUAAGCGGUUGUUGACGGAUAUGAGUGAAUGUUAAUGUAAAUUAAGUCAAGCCAGGUUUGUAAGGUUUGUCAGAAU